AUGACACAACGCAACGGCAAAAAAAGCAAUCGGAGGCCACAGAAUCGCAAUCGACGACGAGCAGGGUCUUCAGGCUUUGAACAUGAAGAGGACAGCGACAUGAUUUCCAAUAUCGACUUGAUCGAACCACUGCAAUCUACAUUGUCGUUCCUUCCUGCACGACCAGCCAAGGUUACCAAACGUAGCCACGACACACCAAUGAAGACGUUCCCAAUGGGUGGUGUCCCUGUCGAAUUCCCAUUCCAGCCUUACCCGGCGCAACUGCAAAUGAUGGUCAAGAUCAUCCAAGCACUCAAAAAGAAGCAGAAUGCGUUACUGGAAAGUCCAACAGGCUCGGGAAAAUCAUUGGCUAUUUUAUGCGCAGCAUUGGCAUGGCGAGAAUACGAGAAAGAAAAGCUGAGGAUCGAGGAUGAGAAACAACGAUUGGAAGAUGCAAAAUUGAUUCAAGACACAUUGGCUUCCAUACAAUCAGCACCUCCACCACCUUCAUCAACAGCACAAGAAGCGAUUGUUAUCAGUGAUGAUGAGGAAAUCAGUCAACCAACAAUAUCAUUGGAUACCGACAUGGAUCAUCAUGAAUCAUCCGGAGGCACGAAACGACAACAGCCAUCCCCUUCUUCAUCACCCUCACCAUCCGACGAUCAUGACCAAGAUGAUGAUUUUCGACCUGUAAAGAUACCACGGGUGAUACAACAACAGCUACACCAGCAACAAGCAAAAAAAGAACCUGAUGAAUCACAACCUAUUCAGCUCGAGGAUGGAGAGGAGCUACAUGAAUUCCUGAAAAGAGUCGAAGAGCACAAUAAAUCCAGGCCAAAGCAACGCAUCCCCAAGAUCUUUGUUGGAAGUCGAACUCACAAACAAUUGGCACAGCUUGUGGGUGAAUUGAAAGGAAAUACAAGAUAUAGGCCAAAAAUGUCCAUCCUUGGAAGCCGUGAACAAUAUUGCAUUCACAAGACGGUGGCCAAGUCAUACGACAAGAAUGAGGAAUGCCGGUUGCUUUUGGAUGCCAAUGCAUGUCGAUUUGCAAACAACGUGAACAAGGUUGUCAGCCAUCCCAAGGUACGCCCUGGUGGUGAUCUGGAAAUUUGGGAUAUCGAGGAUUUGAUUGAGCUGGGUCGAGCAAAAGAAGGAUGCCCGUACUUUUCUUCACGAACAAUGGCGGAAUCUGCCGAUCUUAUCUUUUGCCCAUACAACUAUAUCCUCGAGCCAUCUAUCAGAAAAGCUAUGAAUAUCAAUUUGGAAGGAAGCAUUGUUAUCCUUGAUGAAGCACACAACAUUGAAGAUGCGGCACGCUCGGCAGCGUCUUUUGAAGCAACCGACACCGACUUGAGGAUUCUGAUGAAGGAGUUCAAAUGGGUGCUGCGUGAUCGCAAGGUCAAGGCCAAUGUUGGGCUUUGUGCAGCUUAUGAGGCACUUUCAGUGAUGGCAGGCACCCUAGAAGACUUUAUUCAAAGACCAGAGGAGUACAAUUUAAAGCGUGACAAUUACGAGGAACACAUUUACGUCUGGUCGGGUCAAAAGAUGCUGCAGGCUUUGGAAAAAGGAAAAGUGGGCGAAACACAUCACAACAUGGUUCUCAAGGAAGCUUUUGCGCUCGUUUACGAACAUGUGGAGGAGGUCUUUAAGAAUGAGAGUGAGCGGGCAAAGGAACCAGAAGAAGACGAGCAGCAAGAAGAUGAAAAAGAAGAAGAAGAGGUGAAAAGCCAAAAAUGCCUCACGUUGAAAUCUCUAAGAGUGUUGGAAGGCUUGUUCUUGGUUCUUGGUUAUAUAUACAAAGAGGGUCGUGAUUUUCGAAACGACUACACUAUGGCAAUCAUUGAACGGAUUAGCCGCAAUGCACCUAUUACUCCUCGCACAGAUGCUCCAUGGACGGCAAAACUUGCAUUUUGGUGCCAGAAUCCCGGCGUCUCGUUUCAUGAAAUCGCUGAACAGGUGCAUUCUGUCGUUCUUACAAGCGGCACACUCUCUCCUCUAAAUACGUUCGCUUCCGAAUUACAAACCGAGUUCCCUAUCCGCCUUGAAGCCAACCAUGUCAUUGACAAGUCUCAAGUAUGGAUUUCUUCUGUUCCUACUGGACCUGGCCAAGUGAAUCUCUAUGGCACAUGGAAUCAAGUAUCCCAAUUUUCAUAUCAAGAUUCAGUGGGACAAGCGAUAUGUGAGAUUGCUGAGACUAUUCCAUACGGCGUUCUUUGCUUCGUUCCUUCUUAUCAGACCAUGGAUAAGCUUAUCGAUCGGUGGAGGAUUACUGGCAUUUACGAGCGCAUGGAGAGACGCAAACAUAUCAUUUGUGAACCUCCUGGACGAGGGAACAAGAAAGCAUUUGAGAUGCUGCUUAGCCAAUACUACAGUUGCAUUAGCCAAGUUGAAGGCUUACGAGAACUACCGGAAGAAGGCAAGAAUGGUGCGCUCAUGUUUGCUGUUUAUCGAGGAAAAGUCAGCGAAGGCAUCGACUUUACCGACAACAAUUGCCGUGCCGUUGUCACACUUGGCAUUCCCUUUCCAAACUUCAAGGAUCUUCAAAUAGAGCUUAAACGGGAUUACAAUAAUGCACGAUACAAGAAAGGUGACCAAGUGCUUGACGGCACAGAAUGGUACAACACCCAAGCUUAUCGAGCCAUCAAUCAGGCGCUGGGACGCUGUAUUCGGCAUCGAAAGGAUUGGGGUGCUGUCAUUUUGCUCGAGCAAAGGUUUACUUAUACACGCAAUGUCUCACAACUGUCAAAAUGGGUGCGACCUUUAUGUCAGACGUAUGGAAACUAUACCAAUGCACUUGCUGGGCUGCGGAAUUUUGCGAUGCAGCAGAUGGAGAAUGAUCGACUAGAAAAGUUAGCCAAGGAAGAAAAAGAAGACGCUGCUAUCCUUAUCGAGUAUGAGCAACAGCAAGGGCUGAUCGAUUAUGAAUCACAGCAACAACAGCACACCUCCACCACUACCACCACAACGAUGACAACAACAACAACGUCAACAACGAGUGACAAGGUCGAGUGA